AUGCUUCGCCGCAACGGCAAGCCCAGCUCGUGCGAGCCAUGCCGUAAAUCCAAAGUCAGGUGCGACCACCGCACGCCCAUUUGCGCCCGCUGCGAGUCCCGCGGUGUUGCUGCUCAGUGCCGUUAUCAUCCCGCGCCUCUCACUCGUCCCGGUCGAGUCUACAAGCGCGCGGAGCGCCAGGGCUCUCCCAGCCUAUACGCUGCCGCUGCAAGCGAGUCCCGAGAGCAUACGGGGGAUCAGCAAAUGUGGAAUGCCACGCCAGAUGUUCCCCACGCCAGUUCAAAUCCAUCGCCUGCCGGCGUAUCUCUGGACUCGGGCCUUGGAUCUACCAGCUACACGUCCGUCUUCCAGCUGAGCCUGGCCACUCCUCCUCCGAUACAUGCUGUUUCCACCGUCUCCAGCCCCAGCAACAUGCCAGCCCUCUUGGCUCCUGCUUCAGAUCGUGCCGAGCUGCGGACUUGGGCGCUGUCACACUUGCACCCUUUCGUGACUGUCCAGGCGCUUGCCGAGCGAUAUCUCAACAAUAGCCAAGUCACUGCCAUACGACCCAUUUCAACAGCUGGACUUUCAGCCCUCGGAGAGACUCUUGAAAGCGAGAGGCGGGCAGGGAGAGAUGCAUCCGCCUUAUCUCGCCGUAUUUCCACCGCCACUUGCCGCCCACUCGAGCUCCCGGCUGAUGUCUCUGCGCGAGAGUUCCACAAGUUCUUUACAGGCGACAACUUGCGCUGGGAGUUUAUCGGCCUGGUCUUCACAUGGGCUGGUCUCUCUGUAACUUGGUCUCCGCCCUCUCCGACAGAGCCAUUGUUUGCCCAGAUUGCUGCACCAGCAAACGACCUUCUGAUAUGGCUCCUCUACGAGAAUCUGGUUCUUCUCACUCUGAUACACGGUGAUUCCAGUCACUUUGCCUGGCAGCGGUUGGGCGAUUUAUCAACCGAUAUCUUCGCCCUAGGUUUUCACAAGGAGCCAAAAGACCCAUCAAACGUGCCAUUGUUCCUUCUGCAGUCGAGAAGGAAGAUAUUUGCCAUCGCCUAUCGUCUUGACAAGACCAUUGCCACUUUCUUCGGUCGACCGCCUCGUAUUCCUGCUAGGUACUCGAACGUUAAACUUCCAUUUGACGUGGAUGACUCUGUCCUUUUAGAUCCCGCGACCUCUCUUGAAAGUGUCGCCACAAAUCUGGACGAGGAUGGCUGGAGCAGGGACCGUGUUAUACGCCCAUCCAGUUGGAUCAGGGUACGGUUCAUCAUGAGCAAGUUUCGCGAGGAAAUCUUGGAGCUGUCCCUAGGCCCUGCGAGUGCGGACAUUGUGCAAAGAAUAGAGUGA